GACUCUGUUCCCGUGCAGCGGAGCCUCCUUCCGUCACGUCCUGGUUGCGUCACAUCCGGUGACGGCGGCGCAGGAGUGAAGAAGGAGAAAUGAAAUUCUGUACGAAAUAACCCUGGUGCCGGGAUUCUGGGGCCAUGAACGGGCUGUCCGUCAGCGAGCUGUGCUGCCUGUUCUGCUGCCCCCCCUGCCCCAGCCGCAUCGCCGCCAAGCUGGCCUUCCUGCCCCCUGAGCCCACCUAUGCCCUGCUGCCCGACCUGGAGGCCAGUGUGGGGGCCACCAGCACCCUGGGGGUGUCUGGGCUGCGUUCCCGGGUGGGAGGCGCCGGCAGCGGGGGAGGCGGCGGCGGCGGCGGGGGGGGCGGUGGCGGCGGCGGGGAGGGUGUCUCGCGCUGGAAACUGCACCUGACAGAGCGCGCAGAGUUCCAAUAUUCCCAGCGGGAGCUGGACGGCACGGAGGUGUUCCUGACGCGCUCCAGCCGCGGCAACAGGGUGGGCUGCAUGUACAUCCGCUGCGCCCCCACUGCCAGGUUCACGGUGCUUUUCUCCCAUGGCAAUGCUGUGGACCUGGGCCAGAUGAGCAGUUUCUACAUCGGCCUGGGAACCCGCAUCAACUGCAACAUCUUCUCCUAUGACUAUUCCGGCUACGGCGUGAGUACAGGGAAGCCCUCGGAGAAGAACCUGUACGCGGACAUCGACGCCGCCUGGCAGGCCCUGCGGACGCGGUAUGGCAUCAGCCCAGAGAACAUCAUCCUGUACGGGCAGAGCAUCGGCACCGUGCCCACCGUGGAUCUGGCCUCGCGGUACGAGUGCGCCGCCGUAAUCCUGCACUCGCCCCUCACCUCGGGCAUGAGGGUGGCGUUCCCCGACACCAAGAAGACCUACUGCUUCGACGCCUUCCCCAAUAUCGAGAAGGUGUCGAAGAUCACCUCCCCGGUGCUCAUCAUCCACGGCACGGAGGACGAGGUGAUCGAUUUCUCGCACGGGCUGGCGCUGUUCGAGCGCUGCCCCAAGGCCGUGGAGCCGCUGUGGGUGGAGGGCGCCGGGCACAACGACAUCGAACUGUACAGCCAGUACCUGGAGCGCCUGCGCCGCUUCAUAAGCCACGACCUGGCUGGGCAGCACGCCUGACAUCGCCCCUGGCCAAGACUGGGCCAGCCAGCAGCUGACCCCCGACCCCUGACCCCCGACUCCUGACCUCCAUGCAACCUGGGUGACCAGCAUGACCGAUUCCACCCACCCUUGUGCUCUCUGUCAGUGUGGGUCUCUUUCUCGGUGGCUGCUUGUCUGUUUGUCCUGUCUGUCCUGUCCACUGGCCUAAUUCCCUCCCUGUUAUCUCUAGCCCUGUGCCUCCCCCUCAUUCUCUUCCUAUGUCUCCGUGUCGAUCUUCUCUCUCUCCCAACCUCGCAUAGGGGAGAGCUCUGCGCUGUCCCCAUCCCCAGUCCUGUGGUGCCUCCCGGUCUGUCCCUCGCAGUCUCCUUCCUCAGUCCCUCCUGACCAGAGAGCGCGGUGAGGUCAGGGUUUGGGGAGUGAUUCCCACCGGGGAUUGGCGUUACCCGCAGUGAGGGAAGAGGCCCUCUCGGUCCCAGCACAGAGACGGACGGCCCGCCCUGUCCUCUCCUCCGAACAGACAGCGGGGAGGAAAUCCCAAGAGGAUCUGGACGGCGGAGAGGGUCUGUGUUUCAUGUUGGGCCCGGGGCCAUGUGGGAGAGCUUUGCGGCCAGGCCUGGUUUUCUUCUCCUGGUAAAAGGAGGCCGUGCAGCCAUAGGGCAGGGCAGGCGCCUAGGGCCUGUAGGCUCCCAGCCCGCUGCGCAGUCAAGUCUUAAUUGCUUAAUUGCUAACGGGAGUCAGAGCUUCGGUGGAGUGGAAAUCGGAACAGCCAUCUCUUCGUUACCUGAGUAGCUGACUGGUGGCUGAGGUGUCUGGGGCAGUGGGAGGCCACAGGGGGGCACUCUUCUGGUUUUGCAUGGCUGUCCCAGAGCUCAGCCCUACCUCCCAGCUGCACCACCCCUGUGGUUACUGGGUCUGGAGGCAGCGGAUCUUCAGCCCAUACCCUCUACACAGCGCUGCCUGUCUGGCGCAAACCCACCUCUGUCUGCUGAGUUUCGGGUUGCUGCAGGCAGGAGAGCAUUUCAAGACUCCCUCAGCGUCUGCAGCAGGACUGUGGCCGGGGGGGACGUCCUGACUCACACCAGCACACGGACAGGACAGGCGACGGACCGGACGGAUGGACGGACAGGACUGGACUCACUGGCAGAGAACACUAAUCUGAAACAGCCGAGUUGGCGGGACAGGCAGGUGGCCUGGUCACAUUGGGACCGUCCAGCUUUGCAGAUCGCCGGGCAAGCGGUCUCCGUGUGACUGGGCCAGUCCUGGGGUUUAGAGGUCUCCCUAAAUCACCUCGUCCUCGCAAGGAACCCUUAUGGAAUCAUGAAAGUGAUUUGUUCAGUUAAGGACAUUCUGUUUUUUUAGGUCAAGAUUUGUACAGCAUUUGAUCUCUUAAUUUUACAAAACUCUCAGUUAAAUUGUUCCAGGACUUUAGAAAUUUCAGUUUUCAUGAUGACAUGUACAAACUGAUGGGUUGGGGCUCUUUUGGAUAAGUGCAGGAGAUACCUGCAUCAAAUCACCAGUUUCCUUUCAGCCAGAAAGUUAAUUAAACCUUGGUGUAAUUUAACCCUGCUGGGACUGGUUUAACACUUUUUAAUCGUUUUAAUCAGUUGAUUUUCCCACUUUAAGUCAUGCCCACAAACCUGACUGGGCUGCUGUUGUCUACUUUUAGCAGUCAGGCGUGUUUACAGUCGCAUGGAAACAGUGUUUUGGGGAAUUUUAAUAAGGGGCACAUUUCUACAGGCUAACUGGUGCAAAGUGUUCAAGCAGUUACACUCCUGGCCCAAGCCAGUAGGGAGCUGUAACAAAGUGCUGAAUUCUUCUGGGCUGUCUGUGUGCCUCAGGCUUGAUCUUUUGCAAUAUUGAAGCCCAAAAUGAAACGGGGGGGAAUAAUUAAAAUAGCGAUACCCACCUGCAGGUGAACUGCUGACCUAGGCUACUCCUGGUCACUGCAGGGGUCAGGCUGCUGACUUACAAGUUAGGAUUCAAACCCCAAAUGCUCCAUAACUGACCAGCUCCUUGGCUGCUCUUGUGGGGCCCCGGGGUUCUGGGGGUCCUCACGGAUUCUGGGGUGCAAUCAGCUGCUUUGGGGUGGGCUGCAGUCACGGCAACAAGCCCAUCUCGGAUUCUAACACAACCACUGGGAGUCCAGUGGAGUCCUGGGACUAAAGGGACUGGCUGGACAACUCUGAUAAUGAAACCCCCUGGUGUCAGGUUCAGGGUUCAAGAGGAGACGGGGAGAGAGAGCUGCAAAUUUGGGGUAGAGAUGCAGACAUGGGCAAAGGACUAGUCUGACCCUUUUUACAAGUAGAAUUGUUUCUUUCUCUUUAUUUUAUAAUCACAGAUGUGUAUGUACUGUUCCAUAUUGAUUUAUGUCCUAUGACAGGACUUGGGGGUGGGGGGUUGCUGUGUUUUACUGUAUCCAUUCAUUCUUUGUUGAUAUUUUUGAUUUGUAAAAUUUAGUUUACAAAGAGAAAAUGCAAACUUAUUCAAAACCUUUAAUUUCCUUUUCCAGAAACGAUGUUACAGAGAUGCCAAUGAAUAAAGAGUGAAAGAUGA